UCCCGCCGUCGUCUCCGGCAGUCUGAUUCGUCGCGGAGGUCCAGCGCACGUUCCCCGGUUCGCUUCCCGCCCAAAUCGCGCGUGUCGUGUAGAGAGAAGCAGACCCCGCGCGUGUAGAGAGCACACCUGGACUUGGGCCGUCUACUUGUUGCCGGCGCGGUUCUAUUUCGGUUCCGCCAUGUCCCUUGUCUCGCUGUUUUUGUUCCGUGCGCCACCAAAACAAACACGAAUCGCUGGACUCUUUGGCUUCGCGUCAACUUGGAUUUGAAUCCCCGCCCUCGCGUCCCGAGGGCUCCGAUGUCGCUAAUCCGCGUUGACAUCCACUUGAUAAUUGUGCGCGGUAUUUAUGUUCGUCCGUCCCGCGGCGGGAAAGUGCUGUUGUACACGUUUUGAGACUCAAUAACCAGCUGAUCGGUACUGAUUUGGGAACUGGUUUAAAACAGUAUGAAAGUUGAUGAGGAACGGCUGAUCCUUCCCCAAGCUCGAAAACCUCUGCUGUACGAGCUCGUCGGAUUAAGUUUGUCUCUUUGAAGUUGAUGCUUCUGAUUUUGAAAGCCGUGUGUCCACAACAUCAAUUUUGAUGUAUGGCCCGUCCAAGUUCUGCUUUAAAGUUUCAGAUAAAUUGAAGAAUGAAAACUCCAAUUCUAACUCAAUGAGAAACAUGGUGGUGUCUAGAUCUUCUCCUCAACCUGCAUUCAGACAUGCGAUGUCGCCGACGAUGCGCACUCACCCAGGGGUCCCGUCUUACACUGGAUACGCUCAAAGGGGCACUGGGCCCCUACGAGUGACCAUCUACGAGGACGUACCACCCAUGAUGAAAGUCAAAUUAAAUUCUCACCAAGUUAGCAGAUAUGACACCAGGGACGAUUCCGCUAUCCUGAAUAGGUACACAGAAGACGUGCCAAUUUUGCGUAAAUACGGGCGAAGUCACUCGACACAUGAACUGAUAGAUUUAGAGGACCGGGCAGCAGUAACUUCGUCACCAAAUCGGAGAGUAAGGUUCGACAUUCCUGACGAAUCAGUUCCAUGCCCUACGAUCCACUGGAAAGAUUGUGAUCUCGUUAAUUUCAGGGCUUUGCCUGUCGAUGACAGUCCUUUAACCGCCUGCGACAAGCUACAAAACAGUGAUCUUCCAUCCAACGCAACUCCCUUUGACCCGGCGGCCCUUUUGAAGACCCUGAUCGGUGAUCAAACGAUCCUGAAAUGUGCGAAGGAAGGCCGCUACGACAUUUUGCAGGAACUAGUUGCCCUCGGUCAAUUCCAGACGGAGGAUAUUAAUUCGGUGGAUUCCAGUGGGAGGACGGCUCUGAGCUACGUUGCAGCGAACGGGUCCGUGCGUGCCUUGGAAGAUUUACUCAAUGUGCCUGGAAUAGAUGUAAAUAAGCCAGAUAAUGAAGGAAAUACCCCGUUGCAUUUCGCCGCUCAGGCAGGACAAGUUGAGGUGCUUAAUUUUUUACUAUGUCGGUGCUCCGAUAUUGAAAUAGAUCCUAGGAAUAAUUUAGGUUUUACUCCUUUGAUGAAAGCUGCAUUACAAGGACGAACUAAAUGUGCCAAAUUACUUUUAUGUGCAGGUGCUUCCCCAAUCAUGCGCGACUCCGGGCGGGGUCUGCGAGCGGAGCAGUGGGCCCGGUUCUGCGGGCGCUACGUCUGCGCGGAGGUGAUCGAGAAGUUCGCCCGCUCGCGGCUCCUGGAGCGGACGACGGCCUACGGGCGGUGGGGCAGCGACUCGGACCUCGGCCCCCGGCUCGUCAACGGGAAGCUCCAGCCGCCGGCGGCCGUGCUCCAGGCCCAGCCGCCCCCCGCGACGACGAGCAUCAAGUCCAAGCUCCGCAAGGCCUUCCGCACCACCUCCCACCCGGGCAGCGUCCAGACCCCCGGCAACUUCUCCCUCGUCACGCAGCUCACCAGCGCCGCCCUCUGCGCCUCCACCCCCGUGCUCCCCUCCUCGACCAAGGUCCCGCCGCUGGUCAAGUCCCUCAUCCGCCCGCUCACCGUCCCCAAGGUCCAGAUCACGGCCGUCGGCGAGGCCCCGCCCCCGACGGCCGACGCCUCCCGGGGCCCCGCCCCCCGCCACCCGUCCCCCUCGCCCGGCGGCGCCAAGCUGAAGAAGAAGAAAUAGUAUUUACCUCGGCUCUUCCUCCGCUUCAGAUCCACCCACCCACAUGACCAAGUGUAACUUUUCAUUCUUGCCCAAACCGAAAUUGUUAUAAUAUAUAGCGAGUAAUUAUUUUUUAA